AUGAGCCCUGAACGCAGCAUGUUGGGGACAAAUGAUAGUCUGUGCUUAAGGGUUUUACAGGAGCAAGUCUCGGCGGGAGAUACACUCCAUGAAUGCGACUCACAGGGACCGAGUAAUGACACCUUGAUUCCUGAAGGGAAGCCCCUCUAUAAGUGCAAGGAAUGUGGGAAGGAGUUUAACAAGAACUGCCGCCUUGUUCGACAUCAGCGCAUUCACACUGGAGUGAAGCCUUAUGAAUGCCAGGAGUGUGGGAAAGCCUUUGGUGAGAAGGUAGACUUCAUUCGACACGCGAGGAUUCACACUGGGGAGAGGCCCUUUAAGUGCAUGGAGUGUGGGAAGGUCUUCAACCGCAGGUCGCACCUCAUGUACCACCACCGAAUUCACACUGGACAGAAGCCCUAUGAGUGCAGCGAAUGUGGAAAGACCUUCAACUACCAUUCUGUUUUUGUCCAGCAUCAUAUGACCCACACUGGAGAAAAACCCUUUGCGUGCAAAGAAUGUGGGAGAGCCUUUCACUACAACUCCUCCUUAACCCGACACAUGAGGAUUCACACUGGAGAGAAGCCCUACAAGUGCAGUGAAUGUGGGAAGACGUUCACCUACCACUCUGUUUUUUUCCGCCAUAGUAUGACCCACACUGCAGGAAAGCCCUAUGAGUGUAAAGACUGUGGGAAGGGUUUUUCCUACAGCUGUUCCCUCACUCGGCACGCAAGGAGUCACACUGCAGAGAAGCCAUUUGAGUGA